ACCAGGGCUUUAUAAAAACCCACAACAGAAACAAGCAGAUGGUUGAAUGAAAAGUUAAUAGCUUUUGGUAACCUACCUCCACUGUAGAGGGAACUCUUUUUGGAGAAAAAGGUCUUGUUUUCUGAAGCGACCUUAAGAGUGGGAGUGUGUUUUUUGCAAGGUUUAGUCUUACUACAUAUUUUCUAUGGCUAUGGCAUCGCUCACAUCUUCCAGCCGCAGAUCCUCCUCAUCGUACCGCUCAUCAUCACGUUACAGCACUUCCAGCUCCUACCGGUCAGAAGGAUCACUGGGUGCAUCAUCCGAUUCUCUCGACACCCUCUUUGAGCCUUUCCUUGACUCUGCAGAUCAUUCCGGUCUGUUUGGAAAUGAGGGCCCCGGGGGACCCAACUGUCCUGUCCCUUUUAGCAGGCACAGCAGAUCCUCCUAUGGACACACUGCUCCCGUAGGUGGCGCUGUUACGGGCCGGCAAACCAGUACAGGCAGUGGUGUGCGAUGCCUGGGAGACAGCUACUACACGUCAGUCGACGUGAGCCAGUUUGAGCCUCACGACGUGGUGGUGAUGGCCUACAACCACCACGUCGUCAUUCACGCCCAGAAGGUCAUGGAUGAUGGAAGUGUCAGUGACACCUUCACCCAUAAGUCUCUGUUCCCAGAAGAUAUGGACCCCCUGUCAGUCAGUGGGACACUUAACCCCGACGGUACGCUGGUGGUCAGUGUUCGCCGGACCCCAGCGCUGGGCGGCCUGGAGACAGUGGGUGUCCCCACCUACCGCAGUGAGGUUCACCUCUGAUCUAGUGCUUCUCAUGGUAUCUCAACUACUGUUGUUUUAAAAAGAUUUUUUUUGUCUAGUGGUGCAGUCAGUGUGGUGCAAUUACCCAUAAAUACAAUGCUGGCAUUAGAUGAAAAACUACAUGAAGUCUGUGGAUAACUGCUUUGCUUCUUGAUCAGUGGUAACAUGUCCUUAAAAUAUCUGCUCAGGUUACAAUAAAAUAUUUAUAUUAAGGACAAUAACCGAUUAGCGUUUUUUUUUUUUUGUGAGAGAGAUUAUGAUGACAGGUCUAGACUAGUAAAUAUUCUCUUGACAAACGAUUUUUGCUGUAAAUGUUUGUAAGAAUUGUAAGAAUAUGAUUCACAUUUCCAUCAAAUAUCACUGGAAGGUUUGGCUCCAGGGACUCACAUCCAAGAACUUUGCGAGAAACUUCAAGGGUUUUCAGCUCAUUUUGGUGAAUUAGCUGUAAAUGUUCCCCAGAGGAUGAAGGCCCACUUCAAAUCUUUUCUCUAGCAUGAUCAGUGCGAGCUUUUGAAUUGUGUUGUGUCCCUGGGAUGUUUAGCUCCAGGGACUUCUAGCUAGGAUUUUUUUUAUUUUUUACAAAGAACUAGAAGGUUCUUUCAGCCCUUUGUUAUUUUCCCUGUGAUGUUUACGUAGAUGAGUCACUUUGACCUUUCAAAACUAAACAGCUGUUCAGCUACGUCAUGUUUGCUCAACACAAAAUGAUGAUGACUGUAAUGAAAUUUUAAAGUAAAUUUCCUUCGUAGCAGAAUGCCCUCAAAAAAUAUCCGGCAGGAUGGCCUGCUCCACAUAAAUAAACAUCAUAAAUGCUUAACGAGGCUUGGACAUACUGUUGUUGGUUUUCCUGAUGUUAUGUUGAAGCACAAUGAACAAAAAUAAAACUGAAAUGCUGACGCAAACCCUGA